GACCCGCGGGCCCUGAAACCCACGUGGGCUGAGGGCCAGAAGGUUCUUCCGGGUGUCAGGAUGCUGCAAAGGCUGGUGCACCCUGUACGGCUGGGUGGCCACCUUCUCAAUGCUGCUCGUAGCCUCCAUCAAUCUCCCAGAUGCCACAUCCCUCUUAUACCCAUUGUGGUAGAGCAGACGGGCCGGGGGGAGCGCGCCUACGACAUCUACUCUCGCCUGCUGAGGGAACGUAUUGUCUGUGUGAUGGGCCCCAUUGACGACAACGUGGCCAGUCUGGUUAUAGCGCAGCUGCUGUUCCUGCAGUCGGAAAGCAAUAAGAAGCCCAUCCACAUGUACAUUAACAGCCCUGGGGGCAUGGUGACGUCCGGCCUGGCCAUCUACGACACGAUGCAGUACAUCCUCAACCCCAUCUGCACCUGGUGCGUGGGCCAGGCGGCCAGCAUGGGCUCUCUGCUGCUGGCGGCAGGAUCUCCGGGGAUGCGCCACUCCCUGCCCAACUCGCGCAUCAUGAUCCACCAGCCCUCGGGAGGGGCCCGGGGCCAAGCGACAGAUAUUGCUAUCCAAGCGGAGGAAAUCUUGAAGCUGAAGAAACAGAUCAAUUGCCUGUAUGCUAAACACACAAAGCAGACCCUGGAGGUGAUUGAGUCCACUAUGGAGAGGGACCGUUACAUGAGUCCCGUAGAGGCCCAGGAGUUUGGCAUCCUGGACAAAGUGCUUGUCCAUCCGCCGCACGACGGAGAAGAUGAACCGGAGCUGGUCCGCAAGGAGGCUCCGCCUGCCCCCGCUCCCCCGGCCUCUUCGUCAGCCGAACCCUGAGAAACCGGCAGCCUCGGUUUUGCACCUGGGGCGAUUGUGGCUUUGCUGGCCCCAUGAAGCAAGGACUGCUGUGGCCUGGCUGUCCGGAUUUCACAGCCCACCCCCCCGGAUAUUGCUCUCUUUAGCAGGCAGAGAGCGUGGCUGACCGGCUGAGUUCUUAAGGAGCCAGCCUGUUACCUCCUGCCCUGCCAGAUCUGACAUUUCAUUCUUCCAGUAGGAGGGAUCUCCCCACCACCACCUCCCCCAGUGUCGGCGCUGUUUAUAGAGUGAUGGUUUUAAAUGAAAUGUUGAGCUCUUUGGCA